AUGUUCACUGCAUCCCACUCAGCCACCCCGACUCAGCCUCGCAUCGCCAUCGUCGGCGGGGGCCCGGCUGGCCUCGUCGUUCUCCUCACGCUGCACAAGCGUGGCAUACCCGCAACGCUCUACGAGCGCGAGGCCUCCAGCGAGUCGCGCGCGCAUCUCGGCGGGAUGCUCGAUCUCGAGUGGGAGUCCGGCCAGCUUGCGCUGCGCGAGAACGGCAUGGAGGACUCCUUCCGCAAGUACGCCCGCCGCGACGCCCAGGAGUUCAGGGUCGGCGGCAAGGACGGCGUAGUCCUCUUGCACCACGACGACGCAAACCCGGACUCAGACGACCUGCGCCACGCUCGCCCCGAGAUCGACCGUUACGUCCUGCGCGAGAUCAUGCUCAACGCGGUCCCGAAGGACUCCGUUAAGUGGGGCCACGCCCUCGCUGCCAUCCGGCCGCUGGACAACGGCGAGCACGAGCUUACGUUCACGAACGGCUCGAUUGUCGUUGCUGACAUGGUCGUCGGCGCCGACGGCGGUAACUCGCGCAUCCGCCCGCUCCUCUCCGCCGACGCGCCUCUCUACCACGGUAUCACCGGCGCAGAGGUCUCCCUCGCACCGUCUGUUGCGGGCCUGUCCGAUAACCGCGAGAUCAGCGACGGCGUGGGCAAAGGGACGUGUUUCCUUGCCGAGGACGAGAAGCUCGUGGUCUUCCAGCGGAACGGGACUGGGCGCAUCCGCUCCUACUUUCUCCACCGCAACGCGAUCGACUGGUCCCUGCCGCGCGACGCGAAGGAGGCAAAGAAGGUGCUGGUUGGGAUGUUCGCUGACUGGGCGCCGUGGAUCCGCCGCUUCAUCGAACAGGGCGACGAAGACGCGAUCUACGUCCGGCCCCUCCUCGACCUCGUCGUCGGACAUCGAUGGGAGCACAAGGCGGGAGUGACCAUCAUCGGCGACGCGGCCCAUCUGAUGAGCCCGUUUGCCGGCGCGGGCGCGAAUCUCGCGAUGCAGGACGGUUUCGAGCUUGGAGUGGUGCUGGCAGACGCGGUGUCAAAGGGGCUGGCGCGAGAGGAGAGGGAGGCUGCAGUUGCGGCGUGGGAGGAAGAGAUGUUCGUGAGGUCGGAGAAAUACGCCGCGAUUACCCUACGAAACCUGGAGUUGUUCUUCGGUUUGGGCACUCCCCACACCGCCAUCAAAGCGUUCCAGGACGAGAUAGCACAAGGUGGCAUGUAA